AUGACUCAGCCUAUUUUUAGAUACGACGAAGCGAAUUGGAUAAAUGAUAUUCUAUUCACAUGAGCAUUCUCCCCUAUAAGGUUUUGAGUUAAAAAUAAGCCAAAUCCCUCAAAUUUAGUGGAUGUUCCAAAGAGAUUGAAGUUUAACGAAUCUGUUGAUAAACUAGAAAAAGAAUGAGAAAAUGAGCUAAAUAGUAAAAACCCGAGUUUUUUCAAAGCCUUAAUUAGAGUUGUGGGCUGAGAUUUUAUAAAAUAUUGUAUACCAGGAAUAAUAGGCUACAAUUUAGGACUGGUCCAAGCUGUCCUUGUUAUUUUCUUACUCCCCCAAUAACAAGCAAAAUUCUUUUGCUUUAGCACAAAAUUUUCAAAGAAUAUGUAUAGGGUCGAAAUUUUUCUUAUUAUUGGGGGUUUCAGAUAAAAUGUAAAACUUGCGAAUCUAAGUGCAUUUGCCCAAAAUAAUAAGUAAAUUUCGAUCCAUAUAAAAUUUAUAUUUAAAUUUUAUCCCAAAGCCCCAGAAUGAGCAAGAACUCGCUUAUUACUGGGAGUUAGUCGAGUACAUGCGUGAUGAAGAUGCAGAUCAUUAUGAAGCAAUUUAUCUGGUUAUCGCAUACGCUACCUCAGUUAUAUCAGCCCAUUUUUUGUUUACUAUCAGUUCUUUCAAAUUAAGGGUCUUAACUGCCAGAAUCAAAUCAAUAAUCCCAUGUGUUAUAUUUAAAAAAGUUUUGACAAUGUCAAAUGUAGCAAUCUCAGAAGGAGACAAUAAAGGAAAACUCUCUAAUGUGAUUGCAACUGAACUAGAAUUUCUUGAUCUUUUAUUUGUCACUAUGCUUGUUCUGGCUAUGCCAAUUUUUAUAAUAGGAUCAUAUAUUAUUUUAGGCAUUUUGAUAGGUUGGGCUGGAAUAAUUGGCUUAACUAUAGACAUUCUUCAUUUUCCUAUAAUAGUUUUAUUAGCGAAUAUUGUAGGGAAUUACAGGCUAAAAAUUGCGAUCCAUAGUGAUGGAAGAGUGAAAAUGAUCACAAACCUUAUUGAAGGCAUUAGAAUUAUUAAACUUUAUGGGUGGGAAGAUCCAUAUUUAGCUCUCAUUUAUAAAAAAAGGCUUGAAGAAAUAAGAGAAGCAAUCCACAAAAUAAAUGUUUUUUCUAUAGGAAACACAAUCGGAACAGCAGGAUCAUGCUUGAUUUUGCUCAUAACUUUUUGGCUUUUUGUGCACUUUGGAAAUGAUUUAAGCAGUGGGGAAGUGUUUUGUGCAGCGACACUUUUAUUGAUGGCUCAUGUCCUGAUUACUAGAUCGGGAGUUGUAGCAAUUACAACAAUAGUGCUACUUAUUCUGUCAAUGCAGAGAGUAACCCAAAUUAUUUUGCUAAAACCAAGGCCAAAGUCUCAAAAUUCAGACACAAUGGGACAUUCUGUGUCUGUGAAAAAUGCAAGUUUUGGAUAUAAUGGGGCUAAUACUGGAAAUAGCUCUGAGCUACAUAAAUUGAGCGAAGGAGAUGGAGAAAAAGAGCCUGCACUAAUUGGCAUUAAUUUUGAGCUCGAAAUUGGCGAGCUUUUAAUUGUAGUUGGACCUUCAGGGUCUGGAAAAAGCACUCUUUUGAUGGGAUUAUUACAAGAAAUAGCUUUAAAGUCAGGGAACUUCGGAGUGAAUGGGAAAAUUGCAUAUUCUGGAGAUAACCCUUGAAUUGUUUCUGGUACUAUAAAGGAAAAUAUUGUGAUGGGCAGCGAGUAUAACGAAGAACUAUAUAACAGAGUAAUUUUUGCAUGUGCACUUGAAAAAGACUUAAAGCUGCUUACGUAUGGAGAUAAUACAAAUAUUGGGAAUAGAGGAAUAACUUUAAGUGGAGGCCAGAAAGCAAGAAUAUGCCUUGCCAGAGCAGUCUAUACUAAUAGAGAUAUAAUCCUUCUUGAUGACCCUUUAAGUUCUUUUGAUCCAGAAGUAAGCGCUCAUAUAUGAAAAUACUGCAUUAAAGGAAUAUUAAGCGGCAAAACGAUCGUUAUUGCAACUCACCAACUUCAGCUUGCUUCAAAAGCUGAUAAAAUAUUAAUUCUAUUUCAAGGAAGGCAGAUUUUCUUUGGAAAUAGUGAGGAAUUGAAAACAAGGGAAAAUAUCGUGAAUAUCCUUGGCGACUUAAAUGACACUUCAUCUGUAUCUACUAUUAAAAAUAGCGACCUAGAUAGUCUGAUCAGUGCAAAUGUUAACCAAGAUAAAAUUUCUAUUGAAGAUGAGGCAAGUAGCAAGCCAGUUGUGGUGAAGUCUUACUUUAGGUACUUACUUUAUGGGUAUAAAUACUCAUUUAUUUUCGUGAUAAUUUUUCUUAUUUUAAUUGCAGCCCACGCAGCAAGUGUUGCUGUGAUGUGGUGGCUUGCAAUAUGAGCUGCACAAUCCGAAAGUGAACAGGAAAACAACUACUACGUAUAUGUUUUUGCAAUUAUUUCCUUACUAAGCUUGAUUACAGCAUUUCUAAGAUGCUACAUUCUGUAUUAUGGUAUGGCUAUAAGUGGUAGAAAUCUUCACAACGCCGCACUUGCAGGGAUCACUAAAACAAAUACAUGAUAUUUUGAUAAAAACCCUACGGGAAGAAUGAUAAAUAGGUUUUCAAAAGACACUUUAUUAAUGGACGAAAUUUUAAUGAUGCAUCUUUUUGAAUUCGUCCACACACUAAUUUUGCUUUGGGGUACAUUUAUAGUAGUCACCAUUGUAGCUCCUCUUAACGUAUUUGCUAUUACAGCCUAUCUGGUUUAUGUGAUAUUUUUAGCACUAAAACUAGUCCCAAUUUCUAAAGAACUGAGAUCAAUUGAGUUGAUGUCCAAAAGUCCAAUUUUUUCUAUUUGCAAUGAAUCUGUGCUGGGGCUGGUCUAUAUAAGGUCUUUUGAUCUCCAAGAAAAGUUCUAUUUAGAUCUAAGGAAAGCUGUGGAGCAUAAUCUUAAAUGCAUAUUAAAUAACGAACUCUGCAUAAGGUUCUAUCAAGCUUAUAUUGAAUUGGGAGGCACUUUAUUGAAUAUUAUAAAUGUCAUUAUACUUGUAGUUUUUCGAGAUUAUGUAAGGGAAGAAUUCGCAGCUAUGAGCAUGUCACUAUUGAUAUCAAUUUUAGCUUUGGCAUCUUGGUGGGCUGAAAUGAUGAUAGAGACUGAAAAUUUAAUGUCUUCUCCACAGAGAUUGAUGGAGUAUGCAGAUUUGCCUGUGGAAGGAAAUUUUGACUCAAGCAAAAAAUUCGUGAUACAUUCAGGCAAAAUCGAAGUACAAAACUUAUGGAUGAGGUAUCAAGACAAUUUACCAUUUGCUCUCCAAUAUCUUGAUUUCUAUAUAGAGCCUGCUCAAAAAGUUGGAAUUGUAGGGAGAACAGGCUCAGGGAAAUCCUCUUUUAUGCAAGUUCUUUUUAGGCUGAUCAACCCUUAUUCUGGCACGAUUAUAAUUGAUGGACAAGAUUACAGAGAAGCCGGGCUUCACCAGUUACGCAAACAGAUGUCAGUGAUUCCUCAGUCCCCUACGAUAUUUUUAGCAAGCUUCAGAGAUAAUCUUGAUCCUUUCCAUGAGCAUACUGAAGAGGAAAUCAUGCAAGUCCUCAAAGAAACCAGACUUUAUGAUAAAAUAAAUUCAUAUCCAGACGGGCUUAACCACAUUUUGAAUGGUGACGGAGGAGGCUUAUCUGCAGGGCAAAAACAAUUAGUUUGUUUAGCAAGAGCAGUGAUAAGAAAAAACAAAAUCGUAAUGAUGGAUGAAGCGACUUCGAAUGUCGAUUUCGAGACUGAUAAAUUUAUACACAAAAAAAUUAAAAAAAUGUUUGUUGACAGCACUUUACUUAUAAUAGCGCAUAGAUUGAGAACAAUUAUUGAUAUGGAAAAGAUCAUUGUGAUGGAAGAAGGGACUUGCAAAGAAUUCGGAGAUCCGAAAGAGCUUGUGAAAAACGAAGAUUCUUUGUUUAGAAAAAUGAUAAUGUACACUGGACAAGUGGAAUCUCAGUAUUUGCUGAAGAAAUUAAUAAUUGAUUAA